AUGGCUGACAAAACCUCCCUCGGAUCCUCCGACGAGGACACCCUCCCGAUGAGCUUAGAUGAACUUUUGUUGGUCGUGGAUAAAACUCUUUCACAGGCCAAAAUGCUAGGCAUAAUUCAGGAACAGGCCUUAAAACUAGGGAGGUUGAAGGCUGAAGUCAACGCUCUCGGUGACCAGGUCGCCAAACUCAACGCCCUUAUGUUGAACUCCCCAGUUCACUUCGCGGCAGACCGAGCGAUCAAAGUCUCCGAGCAGCAAAUACUAGAUACAGCAAGACUGUUACAGGCAGAUGCGACUGCCUCGAAAAAGGUUAUCUUCUGGGGACAUUUCCCGAGCUCUUUAACCCCUCAGGAAAUGACAAAGUUAUUCUUUAAACAUCUGAAUACGACAGUUUUCAAGCCCGGCAAAUGCUCGUGGAUUAUCCCGAAGAAAAGAAAAACUCCCCAUGGCCUCGUAGUAGAUAUGGGCUCUUCUUCUACAGCCCGUAAGCUCAUCACAUUCGCUCCUUUCCCGAAAUGA